AUGGCAUCUCUCCGCUCUUCCACCCGCGUCUUGGGCUCGGCCACCAAGGCUGCUUUCCGCCCUGCCAUCACGAUUCCUCGCCGUGGCUUGGCCACUCCUAGCGAUCAAGUGCCUGCAACAAAGGAGCCCAAGAUGAAGAAGUUCACCAUCUACCGCUGGAACCCCGACACGCCGACCGAGAAGCCCAAGAUGCAGGAGUACACGCUGGACCUGAACAAGACCGGACCCAUGAUGCUGGAUGCAUUGAUUCGGAUCAAGAACGAGCUGGACCCUACUCUUACCUUCCGUAGAAGUUGCAGAGAGGGUAUCUGCGGUAGCUGCGCCAUGAACAUCAACGGCCAGAACACGCUGGCUUGCCUUUGCCGCAUUCCUUCAGAGAACGCUUCAGACGUCAAGGUCUACCCUCUGCCUCACACCUACGUCGUCAAGGACUUGGUGCCCGACUUGACCCAGUUCUACAAGCAAUACCGCUCCAUCAAGCCGUACCUCCAGAGAGACACUCCUGCCCCUGAUGGCAAGGAAUACCGCCAGAGCGUCGCCGACCGAAAGAAGUUGAGCGGUCUCUACGAGUGCAUCCUUUGCGCCUGCUGCUCAACCUCGUGCCCGUCUUACUGGUGGAACUCUGAGGAGUACCUGGGACCCGCCAUCCUCCUCCAGUCUUACCGCUGGCUCGCCGACUCUCGCGAUCAGAAGAAGGCCGAGCGCAAGGCUGCCCUCGACAACUCGAUGAGCUUGUACCGUUGCCACACGAUUCUCAACUGCACACGUGCCUGCCCCAAGGGCUUGAACCCCGGCAAGGCUAUUGCCGAGAUCAAGAAACAGAUGGCUUUCUAA